UAAAGGAACCAGCCCUAUAUUUCCCAUCCCCUGUGGAGCCGUCCCCAUUUCUCCGUGCUUGAUUUCUCCUCUCUCGCUUCUGCAGAAGAAGAAGAAGAAGAAGAAAAGCUAGGGUUAGGGUUUCUGAUAUUCAGAUCUCUCUCCAAUGGCUUGGAGGAACUUCUACAACGAGGUCAAAGGGCUGAAAGUGAGGGAUCUGCCGGCCCAUAUAAAGCCGAUGCUGUCGAUCGACUACGUGAAGAAGUCGAUCAGCCGAGGCCUGGACAACUACCACGCCAAGUACAUACAGACGAGCUCCAUCGAACCUCUUUAUCAUGUCUGCUUUGGCGGCAUGAUCUUCUCCUACCUCGUCGCUCUCCCCGAGGAGCGCCGCCAUCUCGAGCACCAGCAGCACGCCAAGGAGCACGGCGGGCAUUGAUUGGUUAUCGCGGUGAUGCAGGUAUUCGCAUGGGGGUUGAUGAUGGGGCUAUUCAGAGGUUGAUUUGCGUCAAGAAUCCCAUCUGCUUGGUUUUUUUUUUUUUCCUGCUUUCACUGUCUUUGUAGCAAAACUGAUGCUAGUCCCUUUUCAAUGUGGAAGCAUUGACUGAUGAAAUAAUUCCAGUUUGUCUGUGGAUUUAUGAUACAUUUGUUGCUGAUAUCUUGGUAUUUUCCACCAGUGAAAACAUCCUUCUCUGAA